UCAGAUGGUUGUCAGUAGUAGUUGCUCUAGUGGUCCAUAAAAAGGAGUUGGGGAUGGUGAGUGGUGCUGGAAGAAAAUUGGAUUUGAAGUCUGGUAAUUUCUCCAUGUGGAGCUAGUUGAGAUCAACUGUUUCAUUUUUAAAAGUAGCACGUGGACAGGAUGUUAACUGUUAUAUUGGUUAAUGUUUGUAAAUCAAGACUAUUUAGCUGGAAUCAAACUCUUCUUUUACGGGCAAGGCAAAGUGCAAAAUCAUAACUUCAUUAGUACCAAUCUGAUUAUUAUACUUUGGCAUAAUUCAGGUGCAGAUUUAAUUAAAUGAUCUCUUUGGAUGACUGCAUACAUACAAUGAUGCCUCUGUGUUUAAUUGGACAGUGCUCAAAAUAAUUAUUUUUGCCUUUCCACUCACGCUGAGACACAAAGUCCACUGAUGUUAUCACUCCUCAUCUAAACGCUGCCAAAUUUUGAAGCCACAAUAUAAUAUAUAACAUUAUAUUUAUGUGUAUUUGGUUGUAGGUUGGUUUUUUUAAAAGAGCCAAAUCAGAAAAAGGUACACCUGUUGGUCAUUGACCUUCUCUUAAACAUACUGUUAAAUGAGAGAAAAUCCAGUCUCCCCAGCUUUAAAAAGUAAAGAUAGCUGUCCUGGUGUUCUUCUGCUGAAUGUUCGCAACUGCUACAUAUUAUAACAUACAAAUUAAUGAACAUACGAAGCACAGGAGUUUGUGAGAACUUUUAGCACUCAUUCCUUUUGCGCCUCUUAUUGAGUAUGCUACAAAUCGAAUGCAGUGUGCAGUAUCCCUUGUCUUAUCUUUCAUUUUUCUUAUUCCUCAGAUCCAUUUUCUUCCAGUUCAAGAUGCGUUUUGAUGGUCACAAAUUGGCUGUCAUAAACACUGAUGACAAGGGUGGGGCAAAGAUCACUGUGCAGGUUCCAGAAGAGUAUGAGAACGACCUGGUCUUCUUUUAUCAGCUCAGAUUUGCAGAGAAAGAAAAGUCCAGAGAGACAACAUAUCGGGGCUCUCCGUUAGAAAGAUUUGUGUUUCAAACAAUGGUGGACAAUUCUGUUACAUUCAGCGUGCAUGUGCCUACUCCGGGGCAAUAUUUCAUGGAGAUUUUCGCUAACAAAAUUGAUGACAGUGGGCGAGUGGAAGAGAACAAUGCAAAUGUGGCCCCUUUCAAGCUGAAGUGUGCGUGCAAAUUCAAAAUAAUUUGUGAGAACCUGUCCGGUAAAAUGCACCCUCUGCCAAACUGUGCUGCUGGGGAGUGGGGUCCUAAAAAGGCUCAGAGGCAUUUUGGCAUUACGCCUUUGAUGUUACCCUCUUCAGAAUUUGAAAUGGAAAAAGUAGGGAUGCUGACAGUUGAGGACAAUUUUGAGCUUAAGUUUCGCACACCACACCCUUACCAGUUUGUGGCAAAGCUCAGGAUGAAUCACGUAGAAAGUAAGACAUUAGAUCCAUUUGUGAGUUUGUCCAGUGAGGGUUCAGUGUUGACCGUCUAUGUGUCGUUACCUCAGCCAGGACAGUUUGGUUUGGAUAUCUUCGCUAGGCCUAAAGGUGCCGUGGACACAACGACUUUGUCCCAUGCUUGCAAAUACCUCAUCAACUGCACUAAAGUGGAGUCUCAAGUGUACAUUCCCAAAGUCCCGACAGAAUCCAAAAGGUCAAAGUUUGGCCCAACCCCAGCCUUUGACGAAUUAGGGUUGAAAUUGGUGUCCCCGAAAGAAUCCAAGAUACGAGUGGGCAAGACAAAUGUUGCAGCUGUUGAGGUUCAGGUUCCAUCAAAGAUUGUGCUUUCAUAUCAGUUUCUUCGUGAACCAGAUGAAGAUAACAGAGACUAUGUGACACAGUCUCGUGAAGCAAAUGGCACUGUAAAGUUUAAUGCCACCAUGCCGAAAAAGGGAAAUUACAUGCUGUGUUUGUAUGCACGAAAGGAAAACAGUGACGACAAGUCCGCACCAAAUGUCUACAAUUUCUUACUUCAAUACAUGCCUGAGGCGGGUGAUACAAAUGGAACAGCUGAUAAGCCACCAGAGAAAAAGUCGUCUUCCUUUUUCAAGAAAUCGCUUUUUAAGAAGUCAGACAGCAAAGACAAACUGGCCAAUGACAAACUUUCUGAUCGAUCUUCUGACAAAUCCUCUGAUAAGUCAAAUUGAGAACCCUAGAAAAAUGAGCAGGUUGGAACACUUUCUUCUUUCAAGAAGUCAGUUGUGCUUUGUUUCUUGACACUUUUUCGAAGGUAGCAUGCAGUAUCGUCAGUUCAGAACGGUUUUAACUCCAAGGUACUCUGUGUCUUCGUGCAUGCUUUCUUCAGUUACGAUAAACUACUUGAAAGUAAUCGACCAUGAAAUAUAAGCAUAGAAAAAAAAAUAGGUUUAAAUGUGAAGAAGUAUGUCACUUAUACAACUUUUUUUUCAAAAUAGAUCUAUAUAUUAUAUGUGUACAACUUCAAUAACCAAAGAUAGCCUUAAUGCACCUUAACUUUUGGUGUUAUUGACCAUAUCUCUGAAUGGGGACGUAAAAAGUGGUGUUUACCCAACCGAAUGUCAGAAAUGUUAUCAGCCAGCCCUCUCCUUCCGUAUUCACUAAUUUGUAGUCUAUCUCCAUUCCAGACUUUCUUUCUUUGUUUCUGCAUCCUGCUUUGGCGACCUAGCGUAUGGCCCAUACUUAGUUUCUUUUUUCUAGACAUGCAGUCAGAAGGCAGAACACGUUCUCAGCUGAUUGUCCUCUCCCUCCCCCAUCUAUGUCAAAAUAUUUCACUUGCUGGUAGUCUCAUUCGGUUUGCACCAUUAGCACAGUUAGUAUCAUUCUGGACUAUGGAGGCAUGAUCCUAGGUUCAAAUCCUUAUAUAAAAAAGAUUUGAAUUUGAGUUGAUUCAGCAGUUUCAGUGGCUCUCAGACAUCUUUUCUCACUUGCAACUGAGAUAAAGGUUCGCAAAUAACCUGUGUCGAAAGUAACGUUGAACUGGAACUAUAUCAUUCCAAAAGACAAAGCCAAAUACGGUACUUUAAGUUUUAGUGUCAUUAAUUGGCAAGGUUCACUUUUUAGUACAGAGACUUAAAGAAAUUCCCCUGCUGACCCUGUGCUUGUAUUUGAAUUAUAAUCUUUAAUAUGAUUUCUUCAAGUACUGACAUGUCAAGGAGAAUAUGAGUAUUCUUUUCUAAAAAGUAAAUGCUUGUAUUUCUAUGCAAAACUUUGGCUAUUCAUGGGAUUUUUAUAUUUAAACUGCAUUCAUGUACAUUGUUUCACACUGAAUCAUUUAUUUUCAUUUAUGCUGUGCUGCUUACAACUUAACUGUUUGUAAUGGAAAUGUAAUUGAAGUCAGAGUGACUGAGAGGCUGAGAUUUCACAUUGUCCUUCAGGAUAUUCUUCUUUUCUGGUUUUGUUUUGUUUUUUGUGGUGUUAUGUUAUAUUUGUUGUUUUGAUUUUAAGAGCGUGCUGUUGCAGUGAUAAUGAUUUAGUGCUUGCAAAAACAAAAGCAAAGAGAGAAAAACAAACAUUUGAGAAGGAACUUGUACUAACUGAUCAUCACUGUGCCAGAGUGCUUCCCAGUCACAUAAACUCAUUUGUUGUACUUUCAUAAGCAUACAUAGGCCAUAUCAAUGGUGGGUUUCACAUUGUGGAUGUUACAGUCGUGGGCUUUUUUAUUGCUAGACAGGACCCUUGAUUGACAGGUCUACACAAAACAGAGCGUGAAAGGAGGCAAAAUAGGUACAUGUACAAAGUAGGAAAAUAUGCAACCCUUUGGUUGGGGAGAUUUAGGUAUGUGAGUUUUACCUUGUGAGUGGAUGAGUUGUGCCCCAUUUUAUACGACAGCAGACUAUUUAUAUCCACCAGUCUGCUCAGGGUGUGUCAAACUCAAAGUCGGAGACAUGGAACAUAAGUGGAAGCUUGAUCAAUGCCACUUUCUUGUUCAUGACUUCUGCAGCAUCUCCUGGGUGAUGGAGUAAUUUAAGAGUUGAAAGAGAGACCCCUCCAUAAUAGCUGCUCUUUUACCUUGCUUACCCUUAUUACGGUACUUGUUUGGGUUUUUUAGUUUGUAAUUUUGUUUUCUGCUUGUUGACUUUUUUUUUAAAAAGCUUGUUGUUUUAAAGAAAUGGAUGAGUGGGAGAAAAGGAAGAGACAUAUUAUUAUUUCUCUCUUUCUGGGAGUCCCAUUAUCGAGACACUUCAGUUUGGUUAUGCACCAUGUACUGUGUUUACUUCUCGCUUCUGGUACUUGUUUUUGCAACCUGUGCUUGUUAUUGGACUGUAGUUGUCAGGUCUUCUGGAGUUUUAGCUCUGUACUGACUGGCAUUUGUGGUGUAGAGGGUAGGCGCUUUGUCAUUGCUCACAGAAGACCAGAGUUUGAGCCCUGUAUGGGGAGAACUCUUUUCAAGUGUUUCGGUUUUUCUCACGCUGGGAUGUUAUUUCCCUCUCAGCCUGGGUUGGCCUUGACAACCGCCUCCUAUAUAAUCUAAAUUUUGUCGAUGGAAACAUAAAAACACUGCAUUGUGUUUGCUGAUUCUCUCAGACCUUGUUGACCUGGACAAAACUUCAGAAACAGAACCAAAGGAAUACUGUUCUUCUUCCCAUUCCAUUUAAAAUGUGAUUUUUGUUUGUUUUGUUGUUGAAUUGUGCUGUUACAUAUUACUGCCCACAAGCAUUUUACUUGUAAAGGAGGAAACAGUUGAAUUACGCUAAGAUGCAAAUCAAAAUAUAAAAGCCUUUCAAACUAA